AGCAACACUGACAAGGAAGUGUUCCCGUUUCCUGGUCCAACCCGAGUCGGUACCAAGAUUUAGGAUGUGUCUUCCUUCACUUGAGGUUGUAUCAAGACAUUUUGCGCAGGUAUUGCACCCUGAAAGGCGGCUGAAGUGACACCUACGGCGGUAAGAAAAUAUGGCCGUCUCUUGGUAUACAUCCCUGAUUCUACUGACAGCUAUUCAGCUAAUACUGCAAACAACUGUACCGUUACAAGCCCAGACAACACAAGCACCAACACUAAGCGCAAAUGCCUUCUUCAACGGCUUCAACUCCUAUGCAGUUCUACCCAACACAUUACAGAUCACCUCCACACUAACAUCAUUCAGUUUUAGAACUUGCAAUGGGGGCCAACUCCUACGACAGGAGGGAGGCAAUGGGGACUACAUUGAUCUGUCUCUUAUAGCAUCGGGAGGGGUUCUAAGAUUCUCCUUUCGAAAGGCAGGGGGGAGGGGGGAAGAUUUUGUUGAUAGAGGUUCAGGACUCAAUACCAAUCAGAUGUGGCACACAGUAGAUCUAGAGUAUUUGGUAGGCAACCUGACGUUAAGUGUUGAUGGGGAAAAAAUCACAGUUGCAUCUCAGACUGUCAGAAGUUAUGUGCUGGACAUCGACCUGUCUGGGAGUGCAGGAGUGGAGGUUGGACGUGGACUCAUUGGAUGUGUAUAUGCGGGUCCAGGGGUGCAGCUGACCACUGCAACAUCACAGUCCAAUGUCCAGUGGGGUAGCUGUCCUUUGGAGAACAAUGAGGGAUGUGCCUUCAGUACAGGCACCUUCGGCAAUGAAGGACUAAGCAGUUUUGCGAACUUCGUGGUUCCUCGCAGCGGUAGUGACCCCUUUAAGGUCUCCAUGUUCUUCCGGACACGAAAACUUGACGGUUUGCUGAUGUUUACCGGAGAGCCAGGAGUCGCUCCUGGAGCACCACCUGAAGAUGCCAACUAUGUUGCAGUGCAACUCGUCAAUGGAGCAAUUCGUGUGGAUGUUAAGGAGGAGGGUCAAACCGCCAACCAGCCAAAGAGCUACACCCUGGGUGGAAGGCUGGCUGACGGAGAGUUCAAGUUUGUAGAUGUGUCAAUAGAUGGAGAGAGCAUGUAUAUCAACGUGAAUGACCAAGUCAGCAAUACAAUCACACUUGACAAUGCUCCUAGCCUACCUGGCGGUGUGUUGUACAUCGGUGGUAUGGAUUUCCAAAACCCCGAAAAUCUGGGUCUUUCCACCACCGAGCCAUUCAAGGGGUGCAUCCGGGAUCUGCGAUACAACGAAAUACGACUUGACUUCUAUCCGCUGGUCAUACCAGGCUUCCAGCUGGACUCCCCUUCUCUGGAGUCUACCGGCCUCAGUAAUGUUAACGGCAGCUGUGUGAGUGACGACACAUGUGCUAGCAGCCCCUGCACCAAUGGUGGCGUCUGCACGGUGACGUGGAACGACUUUGAGUGCGACUGUCCAAUAGGUUUCACAGGGAAGAUCUGCUCUGACACCGAUUUCUGCGUUUCCAAUCCGUGUCCAUCCAACUCAACCUGUAACAACCUGGAUGAUGGGUUUGAAUGUCUUGCAUCAGCCACCUUUGACAGAGACAUGCUGGAGUACAGCACCAGCCCUAGUUUCACUACCAUUGACAACACCCUUCAGGUCAGCUUCCGCACCAGAGACACAGAUGCUCUUCUACUCAGAGCGUCGGGUGGUUCAACAACUGUUAAGUUGGAAAUUGUGAGCGGGAACGCACGCUUCACCUAUAACAGUGCACCUUCUGCUGAGGCAAACUUUGACUCAGUCAGUGACGGAGAAUGGCAUACGGUGGAAGUGACAUUCCUUGGGACGAUAGCUCAGCUUACUGUGGACAAUGGCGCUGAAAAUGCCACAGCAAACAUGGGUCAAGCUGCUCCAAACUUCGACGACUUUGCAGGGCAAGACACCAUCCAAGUUGGGAGCCAAGGUGGGCAGGGAUACUUCAAGGGAUGCAUGAAGAAUCUACGUGUUGGUGGAGUCCUCCUGCCGUUCUUUGAGUCUUCACAGAUCCCGACCAAUGCCUCUAAGAAGUUCAACCUGAAGUCAGCCAGUAGCAUCACCGUCGGCUGUACAAGCGACGAUGUUUGUGGCCCACAGCCUUGUGUCAACGGCGUCACCUGCACUGACAUCUUCAACGACUACAACUGCACCUGCGUGCCGGGAUACUCUGACAAGAACUGCAACACCAACAUUGACGACUGUAUAUCAUACCCUUGCCAAAACGGAGCGACGUGUAUCGACCUCAUCGCCCAUUAUACCUGCUCAUGCACGUCGGGCUGGGAAGGAGUCAACUGCGAGCAAGAAGUGAACGAAGCAUCUUCUGUACCACUUGAACCUUCCUCUGGAUCCACACCCAUCAUCAUCACCACCACAGUAAAAAUGAACCAACCGGAAGCUUCGUCUCGUACUUCAGUCAUCAUCAUCAGUAUACUCGGUGGAUUGUUAGUGAUUUUCAUUGCAGCUGCGGUAUUAUUUUUAUUCAGGCGGGGACUACUACAAAGAAAUUGUAAAGGCUUUACUACAGAGCAGAGAGAAGAUGAUGUAGAGCUUUCCCAGCAGAUUCAGAAUACCAAUGGAGGCUAUCAGGAUCUACAGCAAACCCAACAAAACCAGGCCGUGGAUGUGAAUCAUGACUACCAAGGCCUACAGCCACCCGACGCAGUUGGCUAUCAGAGUUUACAGCCGCAGAGACCCCAUCAAACUCAGGCUGUUGGUGUUAAUGGUGACUACCAAGGCAUACAGCCGCUUGAUGCAGAUGGCUAUCAGAGUCUACAGCUGCCCCAUCAAAAUCCGGCUGUGGGUGUUAAUAACGACUACCAAAGCCUACAGCCGCUUAGUGUAGAUGGCUAUCAGAGUCUACAUCUUUCCCAUCAAAAUCAGGCUGUCGGUGUGAAUCACGACCUCCAAGGCCUACAGCAGCCUGGUGCAGAUGGCUAUCAGAGUCUACAGCUACAGCGACCUCAUCAAAAUCAGACUGUGGGUGUUGAUCACGACUACCAGGGCCUACAGCCGCCUGGUGCACAUGUCUGUCAGAGUCUACAGCGACCCCAUCAAAAUCAGGGAAAUGUAGAUACUGCAGAAAAUGAAUAUGAAGACGUGGGUUCUAGCUAUGAAUUCCCACGUAACUUAGUGGCCCUUAAAGAUUGUAUUCAGGACGGAGACUUUGGAGCUGUUUACAAGGCUGAGGCAUGGGGUAUUGCGGGAAGGGAAGGUGCUUCUCUCGUAGCUGUCAAGAUGAUGACCCCUAAGUCGGCUUCUGCUUCUGCCACCACUUUCCUAGAGGAGUUUAGGGUUCUGAGGAUGGUGGACAACCAUCCAAACAUUGUACGUCUGCUGGGAUGCUGCACCAAAGAAGAACCAUUCUACCUGAUCCUUGAGUACAUGUCCGGUGGAAGUCUGCAGUCUGUCCUGAGGACCAGCCGUAGUCAGCAGUCAUACGAAAACCUGCAUGGGAACAGCAAGUCCCUCCUGUCACAUGACUUGGUCAAGUUUGCUCUGGAUGUGGCAAAAGGCAUGAGCUUCUUAUCAGCAAAGAAGAUCAUCCAUCGUGACCUUGCAACUCGAAAUGUCCUGGUUUCUGGGGAGAAAACAUGCAAGCUGUCAAACUUUGGGUUUUCUCGUGAGGGACCUGAGUAUGAGAGAACCACUAAGACCCGCCUUCCUAUUCGCUGGAUGGCCCCUGAGUCCCUUUUCCAAGGGAUGUACACUACUGGGAGUGAUGUCUGGUCAUUCGGAGUGCUUCUAUGGGAGAUCGUCACGUUAGGAGGCACGCCCUACUCCGACAUGACCAAACGAGAGGUGAUGGAACAUGUGAAACAGGGACACAGACUGGAGAAACCGCAACAUUGUGAUGAUAGCAUAUUUAACCUGAUGAUGAAGUGCUGGAAUGGAGAUCCUUUGAUGAGGCCGAGUUUCCCACAAUUGGAGCUGGCUUUGGAGACCCUUCUGCAGGUUGAACAUGACUACAUCAUUCUUGAUGGUUUCAACGGCAGCGACUACAAUAACCCAGAAGAAUCCAUGGAAGAGCUGUAUUGAGAUGUUGACAGCCUAUCGCAUUAAGCACCCAGAUUUCCAGCAUGGUUAUUCCAACCACUGUCGUACUGUCUCUUUUAAAACAGUAGUUUCAAGACCAUUUCUUCGAUGAUCUAACACUAUCUGCCCCUCCAAUGAGAGUCUUUGAGCGGAACACUAGGUUCUCCUCUAGCUCAAGCUUUACUUUUCAAUUACCAGGCUCAAAAUCCUUCUACAGCAACAGCUUCUUUCCUCGGACCCCAAGCUAUUGAACUCUCUCGAGGUCAACUGUUUUCCUCAUGUUUGCAAUCUUCAAGCCUUCUAAAGCAAUCUACAUCUGGGCCUCUAUAGCUAUCUCUGAGCAAACUAAUUUCUACCAUCCAUCAGCUUUGUUCAUUCAGGUCAAUUGGCUUUGCAUUGAACAAAUAAAAAAAAGUAAACAUUCCAUUUUUUGGUCACAUAGAAGUUUUGAUUAUGAUAUACCUGUCUGAGAAUGCCACGAUAUGUCUUUGCUUGUCAUGUUAAGGGCCAGUGUUGUUAGCCUGUGAGUACGCAUUCAAAAGAUUGCAGAGUAAGCGUAAUUAGCAACUUAGUUUUUCAGUGAUACUGGUAAAAGCUCGAAUGACAUCAUCUGAUGCUGCCAGGGAAUAGAAAAGAAAGAAUGAUUUCUGUA